GUUUGAAGGCUUCCUCUUCUUACCUGCCCAAAAUAGGAGAGAAAACAGAGGAGAAAAACAGGGGAGACAAAAGGCUAUUAAUCUUCCUCUGUUGUUUCUAAUCGAGUUCAAAGCAUAUUCUGCCUGUGUUUUCUAAUAUUUUCGUUUUACAUCAUCUUGAGAAAUCUCAAUAUUUCUUCAUACGAAAUACGAAACAUUCUUGAUCAUAUGGCCGCAGAAGGGAAAAUGGAAGAGCCCAAGAUGGAGAUGGAACAUAACACUGCUUCAAUUCAAGAACAAGAACAGGAAAUACCUAAGAUUGUCAAUAAAGACAAACUUAUGGAAUCAGAGAACGUGAAAGAUGAUGAAGAGAAGAAGAGUGAAGUGAAGGAAGAAGAUGAACCAAAAACAAAGGAUAUUGCAGUGAUUGAAGAGAAAAAGACUGAAGAUAAUAAAGAAGAGAACGCUGCUGCAUCACCAAAUGGAGUUCAAAAGAGUUCUUCUUUCAAGGAAGAGAAUGAUUUGAAAGAAAAUGAAAAGAAAGCAUUGUCUGAGUUGAGAUCCAAGAUUGAAGAAUCAAUCCUUCAAAACAAACUUUUUGAAGAGAAGAAAGAGAAAGAAAAGGACAUUCCAACAACAAAAGAUGGAGAAGAUAAAGAUGAGAAUGAGAAAGCGGUCCAAGAAGACAAGAAAGAAGAAGAUUCUGAAAAGAAGGAAACACUUGAGCAGGUACAAGUGGAAAAAGAAGUUGUUUCUGCACUGCAAGAAGAGAGAAAAGAAGAAGAAACUGUAGCCAAAACAGACUGGGAAGAAAAAGAAACACCUGCUCGAGAACCCAAGGGAGACAUCACUAAUCAAACAGGGAAUAAGGAGGAGGAAAAUCAUGAAAAGGCAGAAGAGGCAAAAGAAGCUGAAGCAGUGCAAACUGUUGACAGAGAUAUUGCACUUUGGGGAGUCCCAUUACUGCCAAGCAAAGGAGAUAAUAGAACUGAUGCUGUACUAUUGAAGGUAUUAAGAGCUAGAGAGUUUAAGGUGAAUGAUGCUUUUAAGAUGUUAAGAAACAUCCUCAAAUGGAGGAAGGAAAACAAGAUUGAUUCAAUCUUGGAUGAAGAAAUUGAGGUUGAUCUUAGCUCCUUGGCCUACAUGGAAGGCAAUGAUCGCAAUGGACACCCUGUAUGUUACAAUAACUUUGCAGUGCUUGGAAAUGAGGAUAUGAAUGGUAAGACAUUUGAAGAGAGGCGCGACAAAUUUUUGAGGGGAAGGAUUCAGUUGAUGGAGAAGGGAAUUCACAAGCUAGAUUUCAAACCUGGUGGUGUAUGUGCAUUUCUCCAAAUCAAUGAUCUCAAGGACACUCCUUUACCCACCAGAAAGGAGCUCCGCACUGCCACAAAGAAAGCAGUUGAACUUCUUCAGGAUAAUUAUCCUGAAUUUGUUGCAAAAAAUAUCUUUAUUAAUGUUCCCUUCUGGUAUUAUGCAUAUAGUGCUCUCUUUGCACCUUCGCUGUCUCAAAGAACCAAGAACAAGUUUGUCUAUGCUCGUGCAACCAGGGUCACAGACACCUUGCUCAAGUACAUUGCCCCGUCGCAAAUUCCAAUCCAGUAUGGAGGGCUCAAACGUGAGAAUGAUUCAGAAUUCUCAGUUGAAGAUGAAGCAAAAGAAGCAAUUAUCAAGGCAGGAGCACAAGAAACUAUAGAGAUCCCUGCACCUGAGGUUGGAAACACAUUGAUCUGGGACCUGACAGUGUCUGGUUGGGAAGUGAACUACAAGGAGGAAUUCGUACCAGCUGAUGAGGGUUCAUAUACGGUAAUUGUUCAGAAGGGUAAGAGGAUUACUUUGCAGGAGGGAACAAUUCGCAAUUCUUUCACUAGUAAAGAAGCUGGAAAGAUUGUAAUUACAAUCGAGAAUGGAGCAUUCAAGAAGAAGCGGGUUCUAUAUCGAUACAAGAACAAGACCUCGUCAUCAUCAUCCUCUUGAAGCUCCAAGUAGUAUUUGAUAUUUUAUUAUGUUUCCUAGUUAAAGGGCAUAUUUUAUAUUUUGUUGUGUGUUUUUCUUUCCUUUUUGUAAUCUUCUUUUGGGGUUAUGUUUUUGUUUGAGCCUCAAUAUAGGCAAAUAAAUGAGAGGUACGAGGGAACAUUUUAUGUUAAAGAAAUAUCUUUAAUAUUUCCUUUAGCAGGUUUAGAUCCGUGU